GCUUCGUAUAGGUCCUAUAGGUCAAGUCAGGUCGGAAAAAUAACGUUUAAAAAGAUCAUAUUUGAUCAUACACGCAUUAACAACCAUUAACGUUACUCUUACCUUCUCUACAUUUUUUAUUACAUGAGAUAAGGACGUCGAUAUUGCUUCUCCUCCGGCUAUUGACAAAUAAAUAGAAGGUAUUAAUUUCAGCCAGGCGGCGAUUUUUAUGUAUAUAAAGAUUCCAUCAAUGCUCGAUCUCUAUGAAAAUUUCUAACGGUAUUUAUAUUCGAGCGAUAUCGGAAUGUUAUUGCAUAACUAGUUCAUUUCAGUCUGAUUAUCAUAUUUUGUCGGUCUUAUCAUCAUACAGCUUUAGUAUAGAAUUUUCAUAACGUGUUCGCUGUAACUCAUUUGAUUUUUAUUCAUUUUAUUGAAAUUAUUUCAACGCUGAUAACGCUCGAAUAUUUGUCGUCUUUUGUCCAAUUUCUACAAGCAGUGUAAUAUUUUCUAGCAAAUAGAUUACAACAAUCGAGAUAUUUCCAAUCGAUUAACAUAUAUAUAUACGUUGUGGAAAAGUAAUUAUUAUCGAUUUGAAACACUCCUAAUCGAUCAAAAAGAGAUAAAAUGAUCUCGGCACGUGGUUUCGCCGUUUUGCGACAUGCGGCGAACUUCGCGAAUCACGUUAAUAAAAUCGUGAAUGUGAAUUAUGCGUCAAGCUAUUGCAAGAUUGACGAGAGUAUCUUCGGAUUGAACAAUGAACAGAGAGAGCUUCGCUCACUCGUUUUCAAUUUCGCGCAAAAGGAAUUGGCGCCUAAAGCCGCCGAGAUUGACAAAAAAAAUAAUUUCGAUGAAUUGAGGGCAUUCUGGAGAGAGUUGGGGAAAUUGGGCUUCUUGGGCAUCACGGUGAAACCGGAGUACGGCGGUACAGGCGGCACGUAUCUCGAUCACGUAAUUAUUUUGGAAGAAUUGAGUAGAGUAUCGGCUGCUAUUGGACUCAGUUAUGGUGCGCAUUCGAAUCUUUGCGUUAAUCAAAUUCACAGAAACGGCACGGAGGAACAGAAGCACAAAUACUUGCCUAAGCUAUGCAGCGGUGAGCAUAUUGGCGCGUUGGCGAUGUCGGAACCGGGGUCCGGAUCCGAUGUGAUCUCUAUGAAACUACGAGCUGAGAAGAAAAGCGAUUAUUAUGUGCUGAACGGCAAUAAAUUUUGGAUCACCAAUGGCCCGGACGCGGACACCUUGAUCGUCUACGCGAAAACCAACCCGAAUGCGGACAAACCGCAACACGGUAUCACCGCUUUCAUUGUCGAAAGUGCUACAGAAGGAUUUAGUACGGCGCAAAAGUUGGACAAGCUAGGAAUGCGCGGUUCCAACACAUGCGAAUUGAUUUUCGAGGAUUGUAAAAUUCCGGCCGCCAACGUUCUAGGAGAAGUUAAUAAGGGCGUUUACGUGCUCCUCAGCGGAUUGGAUUUAGAACGAUUAAUAUUGGCCGCUGGACCUGUAGGUGUUUAUCAGAAGAUAUGCAAUAAGAAUGCAACUUCUAGAAUUCUACAAGCUUCUUGCGACAUCGCUUUUGAAUACGCUCAUUCGAGAAAGCAAUUCGAUCAGUAUCUCGCACAAUUUCAAUUGAUACAGGCAAAGAUUGCGGACAUGUAUAUGACUUUAACCGCGAGCAGGACUUACUUGUACUCUGUCGCGAGAUCUUGCGACGCUGGUCACACAAAUCGUAAGGAUUGCGCCGCAGUGUUGUUAUUUUGUACCGAGAAUGCUGUGAAAGCAACCAUGAAUGCCAUGCAGAUACUUGGCGGUAAUGGAUACAUCAAUGAUUAUGUGACGGGGAGAUUAUUACGAGACGCAAAGCUUUACGAUAUCGGUGGGGGUACCAAUGAAAUACGACGAUUGGUCAUCAGCCGUGCGAUCACUCAGGAAUACUUGUGAAACAAAGAAAUCUGCAUUCCGAUUUAGAUUUUAUAAUUAUUUAUAGAUAUAUAUAGCAAUGCCGAAUUGUUCACGCAAUAUUCGCACUGUGACAUUCAUAUUCACAGACAACUUGAGUUAUUUACAAUGAUCACAACAAUCCUUCUUAGGGAAUUUCUUUAGAAUAGACAUGCUAUUAUUUUUGUACA